AUGGACUUCGUGAGGGUGCUCGCGGAGCAAGGAGACAUGUUGCAGUUUUUCGAGGAGACCCAAAAUCAUACGAAGUCCAAUCUUGUUGACGCAUGGUGCUGCGUCGUUUCCGAUCUUCCUGAUGUGGGAGUGGGGCCUUUGCCCGGCAGUCGUCUUUCCGAACUGGCUCAGCGUUUUCACUUCAUCGAGCGGCAGGUAGAGGCCGACACCAAGUCCAGAAAGCAUACGGAAGAUUCAACUGUCGAAAACCUCUGGCUUGAUGCCUGGGUCUCGGAUUGGAUGAGAGAGUUUUCUCAGUUUACCGAACGUGCUACAGUAGGCAUCGUAUCUGUAGAAGCGUUUAGGAACAUCCAGCCCGACGCAGCCGCGUCCAGCAUGGCAGCAUCUCAGCUUUUUGGCUUCAUCCUUGCAGGUGGUAUCUUGGACUGGCGAGGCAUCGUGCUUCAGGGCUGGAGCAGCACCUGUGCAGAUCUCGUCGAGGAGAAUCUGGCGGACUUCUGGCUGGCGUCUGGGCCUCCGCUGUCGGAUGGCAAUGCUGAAGACUGCAGCCAGCAAGGAGGCUUCUUACACACCGUUUCCGUGGAUUGCGGAGAUGAUGUCUACAACUUUUUUAUGGACUACAUGCUGUAUCAGAUUGGUGAGCUGUCUGAUACGGACGCUGAAACCUGCCAGCGUGGCUUGGCGAUCAGGUGGAAGAAUCUGCAAGAUGGGUUCCGCAUCUGCGUUCCACCCAGCUGCUACCCACCAGAUGCAACACAUGCAGCGAGCCUGCUCAUCUUGUCCUUUGGUCAUGGCCUCCUGCCCGGGGCAUUGCUAAAAGAAGCUGCCGUGAGACUCUUGUUCAUCUUGUCAGCAGACACCGGGGCCCGAGGCGACAUCCAGAAGUGCUUCGCCUUCGAAGACGCGCAGGACGUACAAGCGCAGACUCUGGACCUCAACUCGGGCUUCCCGAUGCCGAUGCUCGCGUUCGGAACCGCUGGCAUGGCAAAGACCCGGGAGACGGUGGAAGAGGCCGUGCGGGUUGGCUUUCGUGCCAUCGACACGGCAACGAAUCCCUCUGAUGGCGAUGGGUUCAACUACGACCAGGAAGCCGUUGGCCAGGCUUUGAUGGGGCUGCCGGUGGACCGAAGCUCUCUCUUUAUUACCUCCAAGGUUCAUCCAGCAGAGCUUGGGUUCUCGAAAACCCUCAUGGCCGUUGAGCGUGCCUUGAGUGUUUUGGGGGAUGGGGCCAAGGGGUACAUCGACCUCUUCUUGAUACACUUCCCGACAUGCGACCUGGACUUCUGUCCCAAGGGUGGACCUUUGAGGCCGCUGGGCACCUUUGAAGACAGCUGGCGUGCGUUGGAGGAAGCGGUCCGGCGGGGAUGGGUGCGGUCCAUCGGCGUCAGCAAUUUCGACACACAGCAGCUGCAGCGACUGCUCUCGAUGUCGACCAUUGCACCAGCUGUAGUUGGAGUGUGGGCUGACGUCUUUCAUCCUGUGCCAAGGUCUUUGCGAGUACUUUGCCAGCAACACAGAAUUCACAUUCAGGUCUAUGGCACUCUGGGUUAUGAAUGGUCACAAGGCCGCGGCCUAACUGGUAAGCUGGCAUCAAAGCACUCGAGCCCACUUCUCGUGCAUCCCACCCUGCGUGAGAUAUCCAGCUCCAGGAGUUGGCCAGUUGCAGACGCUGCCAUCAAGUUCUUCCUCCAGCAGGGGGUUGCUGUGAUAGUGUCCUCCAGCCGCCGCGAACGUAUGCUGGAAUUGUACCGUUCACAAGAUGAGCGACGACUUUCCGGCGAAGAGAUGGAGCAGCUCAAAGACUUGGAGGGCUUUCUCGGGUCAAGCUUGAAGGUUGAUGCUCGUCCUGACUUUUAUGCGGGGAUGUCGGGUUUUGACACCAGUGACCUUCAUACCCUUACGACCCAAUUUCUGGACAUUGAGUGGGACUGUGACGCAGCGCGUUCCGAUUUCUCAAAGUAUGGAGUGGUGCACCUGCAAAGCGUACUGCCAGAGAUUGUUCUAAAAUCUGCCCAACGAGCAUGUCAGAAGAUCGUGCUGGACCAUGGCGGUGGAAACUGGGAAUCUAGAGAUGAGUUUCCACCUGUCUUAUGCGACUGGACCAAGUCUGAGUACAAUGCGGAUAUCAAUAUCGACAACGUACACACCACAGAGUUGAGCUACCUCUUUCCGGCUGUGGUGUCUGUACAGGAGAUUGCAAAGUGCAUCCUUCGCACGGAGGAGCCUCUGAUUUUCUACAUUCUCGUACGUGGAAAGGCGCAGGGAUGCAACGCAUCCUCAAUUCCCUGGCACCAGGACACAGCCUACAAUCUGUAUCGAGCGACCGAGGCAGAAGCAUAUGACGUGCAAGCAGAAGCUGAUAUCGAAGCUUUUGGCAACCACACGGCCGUCCUCCACAUCCCCCUCACAACUGAGACUUCUGAGAAGGGAGCCUUGAUGUAUGCCUUGGGCUCGCACCAGGACGGGCUGGGUCCACACUUCUGGAUGAGGAGAUGGCUGCUGGGCAUACCCUUGCCACCCUACGAGUUUCAUGCCGAGCAUAGUGCUGUGAAGACUAUGGAGACUCAGCCUGGCGAUGCGCUGGUGCACUCCACCCUGGUGCACCAUGGGACAUGCCCAAAUACUGGCACGGAAGUUCGAUGGCACUUGGAGAUGGGUGUCCAGCAUCCGGACUAUCCGUACAGGGAUAGCGAGCAUCGCAUUCCCUUCCCUCCAGACUAUUCCACGGUCUCCUUGGCCAACUUCCUGAGAGAGCUGAGCUUGCAUGCCGGCUUUCUUCGCUAG